CAGGAGGGACAGUGAGGCAGGCUCAGACUGAGAGUCUGAAUUUGAGAGGGGAAGAAGUGGUGAGGGUUCACCGCUACUUUUCCUGCCACACAAACUGUUGUCCUCAACAGACGAGGUUUCUCUUUCUAAUCUGUGUUUUUCAGUUUUUCUCUUUCUCACUCUGUCGGUUUUGUGGACUACAGGACGCCUGUUAAACUACAAUCUCUGCUGCGCUUUUAGACUGGAUCUAAACUACAUUUUAUGGACUUUUACUAAAUCACAAAAGUCACAGUUCAUUCAUAGUUACUAGCAAAACCAUCAGCUGUGAGGGAUUGCUCUUUGGCCUGACAUGGGGACUAGGAAGGAGCUGCUCAUUCUUGGUAAGUCUAUCAAUGAGUCUUUGAGAGCACAUUGUGUGUGAGACUGAGACUGUGUGAUGAUUGAGGAAAGAAAAAGUAAGUAUAAAGUGAAGGCCAAGAAUUUAAAGUAGUCAUUGAAUAAAAAAUACUCACCGUUUCAGGCAAGGGGACAGAUUUAUACUAUUUUUUUGGAGCACAAUCUGUUUUAUUCAUUUCUGCCAAAGGUUCAUACUCAUUUGUUUCUCAAAAUUUGACCUCUAUUUAAGAUAAACAUCUGAUCAACAACUUCUUAAAGCUACUUAAUACUAUUCUUAGUUUUCUGCUCUUGAACAGGUGGUGACUUGCUAUGAAACUUUUGAUUUACCUCGAAAUGCAACAGCCUUGCCAGGCACUAGUCACCGUCCCGCCCACCGGCCGGGUUGUCUGCUGCAGUAUAGAUGGGGGUCAGGGUUGUGCACUGAAGACCUCUGUCCCUGAACUAAUGCAUUAGGACGAAGGAUGAGGCCUCUGUGAGUGUGACACACGAUUCAGGUCUGAAAGGACAAAAUGACUCAGCGAAGAAAGACCACAUUUAGCUACAAAACUUGUAGGAGGGUAUGUGUGGUCAAGGCAAAUAUUUGAACAAAACUGCAAAAUUCUAAACUUACUUAGAGUAUAUGUCUAUCUUUCAGUCAGAAUUUUUACUUACUAAAUACGCCACAAUGACUCAACAAGUCCAGGUAUAAAACUUUUUCAAGAGCCCACAGGAGCCAAGGAACUGUCUUGAUUUAAAAAAUCCUUCAAAUAUUUUUUAUUGCGGCAUUGCCAGCCAUUUUAUCCAUUUCAGUCCAUUAAGCUCCUAUUUUUGGUUUGUCAUGUUUUCAAAUAAGAUUCAUAUUUGGACUUGUAAGCCCGGUGUGGCUUGAAUUAAUUGUAAUAAGAUAUUUUCACACAAAAACUCACUUAGGAUUUGGUUCUUUGCUUUUUACAUGAUGGUCUUUUUUGCAUGAUGUGUGUUUUCUAGCUUGAUACUGGUAUCAUACAUUUUAUCAAAUAUAGACUGUUAUUAUUAUUAUCAUUAUCAAGAUACCUUCAGGCACUGUAUGCAACAAACUGGUAUAUGAUGUUUCCAAAACAUUAGAGGUUUCUCUGAAUUACAUUAUCAUUUUGAUGAUAUCUAAAAUCUGUUACUGACAUGAUAAUUUAAAUAAAACACCAAGAAACACGACAAUUAAUUAAUCCGAAUUUUAGUCAGUUUAAGUCAAAUACUAGUGAAUUAAGUUCAUAUGUCAUGAAAUCAAAACUCUGACUCAAACUGCUCCCUUGUCAAACAUUAAGGUCAUAAUUGCAGAUAAAGCUGAAGUACUGCUAUGAUUCUCAGAACUUCAGCUCUUGGUUUCAGUUUCAGGGCUCACAGCUUUGUGGUUUUGGUUUUCACCUUUCUUAUCAAUUGCAUCUCCACAAGUUUGCAGUGGUUUUACACAACAGAGUCUUACAAACACAGUUUAUGACCAAGGAACAGGUUGAAAAUAUGCCAUGGCCUUUACUACAGUUUUAGAGCCACUGUGCCGAUUGUUGAAAUUACACGAUCAAACACACAGAGAAAGUACAGCGCUUGAAUAACACUGGCCAUCAAAUGAUCUUUAAAUCAAUUUCUUUUUUUUUUUUACCAGAAAGUUGUUCCAUGGUGUCGGACCCACAAAGAGUGUGCUUUAUUUUUGUUUACGCUCGGGAAAAGACAGGAGAGCUGUUCAAGGUUUUUGCCUGGAUAUCAGUUUGUGUUUCAGAAGGGUGUCAAACACAAACUUUAUCCACACAGUGUUUUUGUUGUCAAUUUAAGUUUCAAUUCAUUUUUACCAAACUGACUAAAUACAAAACUAAAAGGAAAAAAAAAAGAACUAAGGCAUCUACCUGAACAAAUGCAUCUGCACAUACAUGCACUACUUCUUAUUGGUUAAUCAAGGUUAAAAAACCCCAGAACAAAACAAAACUGCAUUUACCACAGUGACAAGCUGCAGAGUCAGUGACAGUGAUAUUUUGGCAGCCCUGAUAAAAUCUAAGUUGUAUCUGGUUUAAAUGUAACACAAUAGUCCAAGACAGCAAAAUAAAAGGUUUGAUGGAGAAGUGAGGCAGAGCAGACGUACAGAAAGAACAGUUUAUGUGACAGACGACAUUUCUCAUUCAGCACUCUGCUGAAUGAAAGUCAGCUGCAAGUAAGCACAAAGUCUUUCUUUGUACAUUUCCAGGCUUUGUUUGGUGUCCACAGUUAUUAAGUCAUAAAGUCAGACUCAGUCACACUGUUUCACACAGUCUCUGUCAAACUCUGUCUGGUUUCUUAAAGUGGAGUUAGUGUGGGAGCCCCAGCUCUGACACUCAACAACACAGGGCUUAUUGUAAUCUUGAGAGGGAAACACAGCAGAGGGACUAUUUUUCUACUUCACCUAUAUGAGGGGGCGCUGUUUUAUACUUAACUCAUGGUCAGUCUAAAAAUGUGACUGACAUGUGUGUGAUGUGAUGUUUUAGGUAAUGUGACAGUGGGGGUUGGAAAUGUGGGUGGAGUUUUUCAGGAGGAAGAAAACAAUCACAUGCACACAGAGGAAACAUACACAUGUGAAGGAAAAAAAGGGGAAAUGUUUGCGGUUUCCGACAAAGAAACAGAAACAAAAAAAAUCCCAGAUUUCCUACAAUCUUUUUUUUUUUCACUUAUGAUUGAAAUUGCGAUAUUUUUUUGUCUAAUAUGUCCUCAUCCUCCAUGGAUUAAAAAAAAAAAAAAGAGUAUGAGAAAGACACAGUGAGUCAUGUGCGCAUGUUACUUAGAUGGACACACCAUACACAAAUGCAGAUACUUACCAAAACAACAUGCAGUUAGACCAAAAGGUGAAUUCAUUAACUAUGGAAGAGGAUGGCAGAUGUAGUCUGUCUAUAGUCAUACCAGUUUUAAAGUUUUUUUUUUUUUUUUUUUACAGCCUUUGGAUGACUCACGUUGACAAAACAGAGAAAUGUCCAUGCUCAUGUGCACAUGUGCUGUUUGUGAACUGUUUUCAGUAUCGCUAUUGCAACAGAGGUGAGAGAAUUCUCAAGCAGGAGAACUUGCAAAACUUCCAUAUAUCAGAUAUUAAUCUAUUUCACUGAAUUAGAGAAAUAAAAAAAAUCAAGUCUGGAUAAAAGAGAAUGAAGGACCUGUCUCUUACUAAUAAGUCAGGGACGUGUCAAGAGGGGUGGUCAAAUGUCACACUGGAUCCCCCUGCAACCUGACUGUCCACCCCAAAAUCCUGAGAAAUGAUUGGCUGCUGGUCUCACCAAUGUUAGGACCUUUUUAGUGCCUUUGAUUCUAACUGUGUGGACUGACAACUUGUUUCUGAGCACAUUAAGAAUUAUCAAGUAUUUAUAAACAUCUGCACAAUACUUGAACAAAAGUUGUUAAAAUAGAAAGUUAAGAUGUAAAAGGUUGAUGCAACUAUAUGCUAUUUGUGUGUGCAUAGAUACUAUUGCAACCCCGACCUACACAGUGCCCCAGUUUAACCAGGCCAGUCCAAAAAGUGCCCGUGUGCAAAGCCCUCAAACAACUACAGUCACAUUACUCCUCAUGACAAACAGAUACAGUAGAUACAUAAUUCCAGCUGUUCAUAUGCAUGCUCAGUCUGCUUCUGGUUUUCCACACAGAAGUGUUAGAGUUUUAUGAAGGGGGCAACAAAAUGUCUGAGGUAAAGCUCUACAGCGGUUGGAGACAUAUGAAGUAAGAGGAGCAUUGAUGAGGAAGUGGAAUGUACUUCAGCAGUGGUUUGUAAUCUUUCAGUUUAUAGUUGUGUUGCCAUGACUCUGGUAAAGCACAGCUGUCAAUCUAGGCAGACUGCAGCUGCUUCCUCUUUAGUGUUAAGAUUUAGAAACAGCGGAGAUACCUUGUGACAUGUGAACUAAAAGUUUUAUCACCGGAUAAGUUGAGUGUGUGUCAUUUUCACUUUUGUGUUUUGGGAUUUUGUAAUGUUGUAAUACAGUCAGAGGCACAAGGAUUCUCACAUGCAGAAUAAAAUGGAGGAUCACUCUAAAGUGCAGAGUCACAUUUUUUUUUUUUUUGCACAAACUUAAAUAGUAACAGGGCUGUACUUGUGGUGCUUUUCUAGUCCUCUGACCGCACAAAACACUUUGACACUUUGCAUCACAUUCACCCAUUCUUACUCAUAAUCAAAUACUGAGGCAAAGGCUGCUACAAAGUUCCACUAAUCCCGCUCAUACUCAUCCACACGCCGGUGACUAUGCUACCAGAAGUACUUCAGGGCUCAGCUUUUCGCUCAAGGACAUGUAGACUGCAGCAGCUGCAGACCAGACUGCCAACUUUCCAGUUGAGGGACAACCACUUUGUCAAAAUUGCUCUAAGUAAAGGAUUCUGGGCAAAACUAAUGUUUGACUAGAUAACUAAAGUUCUAUAAAAGUGACAAAAAAACAUUUGGUCUAAUAGUAAAAGGAGUCUUGGUGGUUUCUGUCUUUCUUUUCAGGUUUGUUGUGUGUGCUGGAGAAAUGUGUCUCUGAUUGCCCCCUGGGUUUCAUCUUACAAAGAGGAAAAUGUAUUGGUAAGAGUCUGCAUUUACCCCUCAUUCAUAUUUAAACUUCUCUCCAUUGUCUUGCUUCAGUCUCUAAAUGCUUUAUUUUGCUGGAACUCUCAAGUAUGAAAUACCUCUUAAUGGAGUUGACCAAAACAUUGACCCUGUGAUAAUGGCAAUGCACAAUACUUUUUCCAUGUAAGGCAUUUAAGCAUGAAUCAAAAACCGCAGUGUGCUAUGAAAACAAUAGCAAUAGAGGUCUAAAUUGUGGAUAAGAAAACGUUUUAGUUACAGGCAGAGACUCAAGUGGUGGGACAGCAAUGUUAAACCCUCAGCAUCAUGGAGCACAGAGGAGAAGGAAGAAAUAGAGGUUAUAAUUAAAACCCCACAUAUUUUAGUGACAGGGUUUCUUUUUACUUGCAGGAGUGUUUGAAAAUAUUGCUGCUAUAAGAUGUGCUGUGUUGAACUUGUAAGAUUUACAGCCCUACUAGUAUGUCUUAAUUUAUGUAUUUUAAUUUGAAUGUCACAGAUAAUGAUGAGUGUGUAGAAAAUCCAGAUCCAUGUGGGAAACACACAAAGUGCUUCAAUACCAAUGGGAGCUUCUAUUGUCAAUGUCUGGAGGGGUACAAAAGCAUCGGAGGGGCUGUGAACUUCACAGGGCUGAGUGGACAGUGUCAAGGUGAGUGUGUAUAGGUUACUGUGAGUGACCUGGGUGUGUGUCUUCAUGAACACUAAUCCAUCUUCUCUUGGUCCUCUGUCAGAUGUUAACGAGUGCCACAUUCCUAAUAUAUGUGGUGAUGGUGCAAAUUGUACAAACGUGAUUGGCAGCUACAGGUGCACCUGCCAUCCUGGGUACAAGGAAGACCCCAGUUUUCCUGUGGGCUGUGUAGGUGAGUAUCUGUCCACAUAUUUAAGGCCGAAGUUGAUUUGGAGUUGCAGUCCCACUGACAAGCAUAGGGGCAGUGUUGAGCAUUGUAGCUAGUAGUUUAAACAUGGAGCACAAGGUACUUAAAUUGAAUUCCCUGUCAGUCAGAGCUAUUAAUCUCCAACUGUCAUUCUGAUUUUUCCUCUGUCCAAGUUUGCUGAAUAGCAGAGUUAUGAUAUCAGACUUUCACUAUACGUGAUUAUCAUGGUUUAUGGAAAAUUUAAAAUAACACAGGCAAAAGGCAAGGCAAGAAUGGAGUAACAUAACAUAUAUGUAUAUAAACAUUGCCAUAUUGGUUAAUAUUAGCCAUAUUAACCAGUGUUUGGCUUGCUUUUAUUCUGAUAUUUUUCUGUCUUGGAUUAAGGUUGCUUUAAUUACCACAAUUUAAACUUUGCUUUUAUUUUAAAAUGAAGCUACUUGAGGUAGAUCUUGACUUAUGGAACCAAAAGAAAAUGAUUAAAGGAACAUUAAAAAGUAAAAAUAUUCAGUUUAUUAGUAACCUGCAGAGGCACCAGCUCCAACUUUGUAUUCAGAUUCACAAUCAAAUAAUGGAAAUUCAAAGUAGCUCACAGGCUGUCCACUGCUUUAUUUUUGUCUCUCCUCUGUAGUACUGUCUGUGACAGCCCUAGGUCCAAGCUGUAAACUUCUUCAUUUCUGCUGCAAAGAGAGCAUUUUAAUGAGUUUUUAAGGGGGUCUCCUUGGCAAGAUGACACUGAAGGAACUUCAGGUUUUGGCACUUCUGCACUGGUUGUAUUUUAAACACUGAAGGUUGGCAUCUAUGUUUGACUCAUCUGUCAUCGUGAAGGCUUUGACAUUUAGACUGCUAGUAGAUGAAGCCUUGGAUGUAUUUGGCUUUGCUUUAGGAGAGCUGUCAAGAUGAUAACCUUUUCAUAAAUGUUACACUCUUGUCUUGACGGACAAGAGGUCCAAACAUGUAAUGUCUGUAUGUAUCAAAACAGUCUUUGAAACUUUGGUUCGGGUGUUUGUGCUUAUAAGAUCAUCUCCACAUUGCUGGUUUGGCUUACUUGCAUCAAUAGCUUGUGUUACGAGUACACAAAAUACCACAGCAGUGUAAACAACACUGACAAACAAACAUCUUAUAUGACAUGUCUUUGCCGAAUUUUACUGAGGUUAACUCUGUGCCGUGUCUUUCAACACAUCAAAGUUAAAUGCAUCACUGUCUCUUCAGUACUUGUACUUCAUAUUUGUGGAUUUUUUCACCUUUGGUUUGAAGUAAUAAGUACUGUGCAGUCAUGGCUAAGUGGAGAUACAACAGAUAUCACAGAUAUCAGCUAGUUUGACUGUAAAAGUAGAGGAGACUGCAGGGCAGUAAUUUGUGAUCUCAACUAACAUUUACUCUGCAUUUUACUGACAAAUCUAUUUUGGAUCAUUUCAAAUCCCUCUGGUAGAAGUGUGUUUUUCUCCUGUCUUAACUAAACAUGAAACUUAACAAACAGCCAGUGGGAUCCUAUUAUUAAUGAGUUUCUCUUUAGGGGUCAACAUUCCUGCAUUGUGUUGUAUUAAAACCCCGGAGCUGUUCAGUGAACAACAGAAACAUCUUCUCUUAUGACCCUCAUACAAACCCAGCAAAGUUAUGGGCAUAGUUUGCAGAUUCAAAUCAAACUCUGAAGGGUAGUUAAAGUCUCAGAGCUUGAUACUUCCCCCUUUUUACUGAGGCAGAUUUCCAAAAUUAAAAGCUUCCUGUCUUGUGCUGAGCUCUAAAAUGUCAUGUCCCAUUUUAUUAUGAUUCAGCUUUCUCCCUCUGAACUCUGACCUUAGCCAAAAGGCAAUCCAUUUUCUAAAACUGAAAGGAGGACAUUCAAUAUCACUCGCUGCUGGGAAAGAAAUGUCCACAGAUCCUGCUAAUAUUGAAACACACAUAUUAGCUGGUCACAUUGCAGGUAUAUUGAUUUCGAUGUCUCUGUUUUUAACACAGACAUAAAUGAAUGCACCCAAGCUGAGACAAGAGGAGAACACAUCUGUGGAGAAAAGGGGACCUGUAAAAAUGCUAUUGGGAGUUACUGGUGCAAGUGCCAGAAAGGAUUCACAAACUAUGGCAACGAAAGGACUCCAUGCUCACGUGAGUGUUUGGGUCAUUCUUCUCCAUCUGCUUUUGUAUUUCCCGGCUUUCAUACGCCUCAGUUUAACUAACAUGAAUGAUAUAAAUUUUAUAUGCAAUGACAUUUACUAUGUGCUGUAUUUACUCAUUAUCUAUUGAGAUAAGCAUUUUUGUAUUAUCUCUCAUUACUGUAUCUGUCAACAAUCCUGUUCAGAUACUUGGGUUUUAUACUGCAGCUCUCAGUUUCUCUCAGGACUUGCUUGGCCUUUACUUUUCUUUCUGAGCUCAAUCAGUCUCAGUAAUCUGUGGUUCGUGUCUCAAACGAUAAUGGAGAUGAGUUCAGCGCUGCUGCUUGCGCACUUAAAUUACCUCUUCACCUCAAUGUGCAGAGGAGUUUAAAAAAAAAUUCAUGGGGUAAUGAUGGUUUUAUGUUUUUCUCUUUUAUUUAGCGCUUGACUGUAACAACUUCAAUGCUGACAGUGCUCCCACACAGGUAAACUACACAGCACAUACAUACAAAGUUUUUUUUCCAACUAAAGGUUUCACACUUGAUCCUGCCAAUAAAGCAGCUUUAUUUACCAGACCACCUUUAGGCCCCUUAGAGUUUAUUAUGUGUUAACUUUAGUCAGGAGCAAACUGAAAAGCCCAUUAUUCUCUUCCUUUCAGUCGCUCGGAGGCCUGGCAGACAUUUUGUCCAUGAUGAGAAACAGCUGCUUGGCUCUGUCUGACCCAACCACCGCAAGUCCGGGGAAGGCUGACGGAGAGGCGCUAUUGGAGGUUAGAGCAACAGAUAGAAAACACAAACACACUUAGAAAAGUAUACAGUAUUCUCAACACAACCCUCAACCUCUUGUCUCUGCCAUUCUGACAGAAACUCUUCACAGCCACCGAUGUCAUCCUGUCCCCUGAUCACCUGGACAGCAGUGAGGAUGUGAGUGGACUGCUUGAAACACUGGAGAACUCCAUUAGGGUAAUUGGUCCACAGCUCAAACGCAACUACACCAAGAUAGAGACCAAUAAGACAGGUAACACAGUUUGUGAUCUUGGCUGGGAUUUGCAUGAUGUAGUCUUCAAUGUGAAGUGUGCCACAGUAAAUAAAAUAUCUGUUCAAAUAGAUGCAGAGAUCACAGUGCAAAGAGGAAAGUCUCGACCCACGGGACCCAUCCAUCUGAGCAAUGGGAAUGCUAGUCUAGACACUGACUGGUUAACAGCAGCUGGGACUGGACUAUACCCCGGUAAAUCUUUUCCCUGCAAAUUUCUUUGUCUGUUCUCCUCUUAAGUUUUCCACACCUGUGGAUUUUCUCACAUAUUUCUAAUUGUCGGUACAGGUUUCGCUAUGGCGGCACUGUUAAGCUACAAGAACCUGGAGAAGUCUGUUAACAGCUCCUUUGAGGAGAUCCCAGGACUUCAAAAAGAUGGUGUAGAUCCCUCCCUCCAGAUCUUCUCCAGAGUUGUUUCAGUUGUGGUCUCCAACCCCUCCACGCAGAACCUGAGCAGCCCUGUCAACAUCACUCUCAGACAUCUGGUAGUCCUACUGCAGUCUUUUCAGUGUGUUGUGCCGCUACUGCAGGAUGAUUUACAUGGAAAAAUUUCCAGUUUUUCAGCAUAACAUUUUGGUUUUGUGCAUAGGGCAAAGAGGAGACUUCUGAGGUGAGCUACGUCUGCGCAUACUGGAACGAGAGAGGAGCCUGGUCCACAGAUGGUUGCUAUCAACAGCACUCAAAUACUACACACACUGUGUGUACAUGUGAACACCUGAGCAGCUUUGCAGUGCUCAUGGCACGUUACCCAAUGAAGGUAAGAGAAAAACAUACCAAGGCCAUAAAAAACUUACAUAACAGGUUGAUCUUACCAAUACAGGCUCAUUAAAAUUCCUAUAAGAACCACAAAGGAAAAGGCUUUAAAGUGAUGAAACUUAAAGACUGUGUUCAUUUUUUAUGUCAAGAUCUUUUUUAAUAACAGGGGUGUUAAAAACAAACUUUUUGCAAACCUCCCUCGUUUCUCUAAGCUAACAAAAACUUUGGCUACUACUGGCAAGAAGCAUGAGUAAAAUCAGUGCUUACUCAUCUCUUAAAGAUGUUAGAAAAAAGCAACUAUUUGCAUUAAAGUGUACAAAAGUACCUUUUUUUGUUUACAGACAGAGGAGGCAGUAACUGACUCUUUAAACUGAAUGAGACUAUUUAAGAAUGCUGUCUCAUAUAGCAAUAAAAUCGUGUGCAUUUUCCCUCCCUUACUCAAACAUCAGUAAAACCAUUAAAUAUGAACAAAAACCUGAAAGUUCAACAUCUUGUAACCUCAUGUAACUUCUUCUUCCAGCACACCUUUGGGCUCAUCCUGAUGACCAAGAUAGGGCUGACCAUCUCCCUGCUGUGUCUCAUCCUCUGCAUCCUCACGUUCAAGUUCUGCCGCUCCAUACAAGGGACCCGCACCACCAUUCAUCUGCACCUCUGUAUCUGCCUCUUCAUGGCUGACCUCAUCUUUUUGGCAGGCAUUUCACAAACUAAACCUGUGGUAUGUUUUUGCAAGUAAAUAGUGACUUCAUUUAAAAUAACUGCUGUAAUCUAAACAGGAAAGUUGUUUGAGUUGAAGCACCCUCCACAAUGAGUUUUUUUGAUUCUACUGAUCAUCCUGUUUACAUGCCACAAAGUGUGCUGUUUAUAAUAUCAAAAGGUACUCCUCACAUUAAUGUCAGUGAGAGUCUGCAACCUCAAACCUAUUUCCUGCCGUGUGGGGUUUUUUGGAGGGGGACAUGUAAAUAAAAAAACACUGUCUCCGACCACAGAAAACACCAACUGGAACAUAAACUCAUUGAAGGACCAGUUGGGCCUUUUGCUUAUCUACUGAGGUGUAAAUGAACCUCAAAUGUUAAAACUUCUGUUUUACUGGAGUUUUGCCAUAUUGUUAACCUCAUAUCUGUGAUCCCCAGUUUUUGCAGAGCACAUGCUGCAUUUUUACUCAACUAUAUUUGGUUAAAGCUCCUGUAAUGAUCUUUUUGUUUCUGCCAAUUUUGCCAACACCCUAUCUGGACAAAUUGAUGCCUUGUGUUUCUUUGCUUACCUCGUCCUAAAUUGAUGAAAUCUUUUGAAUAUAAUCUGCCUGUAUGGACGAGAUAUGCUGAAAGAUAACCUUGUGGUUUAAUACAUAUCAGUUUUUCAUAAUGUUAUUUUACACUACAUGAUCAGUAACAGAGGUUUAAAAGGGCUGAAUAACCAAUUUGACUUUUAAUGUUAUCAGUAAAAUUUACGGUUACAGGUGAUCGCAAACAUUUAAUCCCACAGUAGCUGUAUGGUAGACAAUGGUUGGUGUUUGUGCAUAUCAUUAUUUAUGCAGUUGUUUUGACCUGAUGAAUGUUUCAUUAACUUUUUCCGAUCUUUGGUCCUCUGUGUGGUCAUGCUGCUUUAAAGGGUGGCUGCAGGUUUGUUGCAGCCAUGCUUCAUCUCUUCUUCUUGGGAGUGUUUACCUGGAUGCUGUUGGAGGGCGUGCAGCUGUAUCGUAUGGUGGUCCUUGUGUUCAAUGUCACCAUCCGGCCCCUGUAUUUAUACCUCACUGGAUAUGGAGUACCUCUUGUUAUCCUCAUCAUAUCUGCCAUGAUUAGGCCAGAGGGCUACGGCACUGACGAGCAGUAAGUGUUACAGUAUGUGUGUCUGUGUGCGUGUUUAUAUUUGUGGAUGUUUGGGAGCAUUACAUCAGUAGAUUACACAGACCUGCUGCUAUCUCUGUGUGACGUAGGGGGGGAAAAAAACGAUCAUAAACAUGUGUUCCUUCCUGGUAACAGCUGCUGGCUGUCUCUGAAUGACGGCCUCAUCUGGAGUUUCUUUGGCCCUGUGUGCCUCAUCAUCAUACUCAAUGUCUUCUUCUUCAUCGUCACUGUCUGGAAGCUCGCCCAGAAGUUCACUAGCCUCAACCCAGACCUCUCCAAACUGCACAAAAUCAGGUCAGCCUCUUUGUUUGUUUGUGUCUACUUUAGCGUCUUCACAAGCUGUUGUGAUAUGUGAGUAAUGUGACCCUCACCUCGCAAACACAGGGCUAAUACGUAUGUUGGGGAAAUGGGAUUGCUUUGGGGAAAAAUGGAUGGAUGGAAAGUGUGCGAGUUUUUAGAGGGAAAAAUGUAGAGAAUGUUUUUGUCGUCAUGGCUCUACCCUCUAAUGUUGUAAGUGUUGUGCCCGUUUUUUUACUGCCCCCAUGCUUCUGUAGAUAACACUGUACAAACAAGCACAGCUGAAAAAUAAAUCUGAGCUCUAAGGGAAAAAAAAUCCACCCAUGGAUGCAAUGAUUCAUCAAUCAGUGAUGUUAGAUGCAGCCCUGGGAAAUGGGAAAAGGGAACGGUUGUGCUAAAACUCAGGGAGUAGUUUUCCAGUUUAGCACAGAAAGCAUUAAAUUAUGAUUAAAAGGUUUUUGUAGGGCCUGUCAGUGGAAGGAUUUGUGAUCCAUCUUUUAUUUUGCAGAAUUUUUCUGUGUCAGAUCAUCAUUAAAGUGAAGGACUGUAGAGAGAAACUCUGAGGACUGUGAAGAAAAGCCCCAGUCGCCAGUAGGGUUUUACGAUAGACUUUAAAUGCUAUCAGUCCUCCUUAUCUUGAUGUGAAUCAUAAGGCUUGAUAUUCAUGGGAAUAACAAGGGUAAACCACCAAAUAGGGUCAAGUACCUCCAAUAUAUUUUUUAAAAAGUUUCCCAAAGGAUGUUUUUCCUUUGAGCUAAUCUUUUAUAUUGAUCAAAUUCCUUCUCCUAAUUGUCGUCAAUAGACAAUUAUGUGUCCAUAAUGCCUCUCUGUUAUUUCGCUGCUGUGCCAAAGACCUUCUCUUCAGGGUUUUUCCAGACACUGGGAUGGUAACUGAGUCAUCGGUCUGUUUGGGCGCAUGUUAAUCUCUGCUUUCAUUCUCUAUCUGGUGCCCUUUGUGUGAUCCCCCCACUCACCAUCCUCCCUUUUCCUCUGCAGGGCUUUCACAGUGACGGCAAUCGCCCAGAUGUGUAUACUGGGUCUGAUGUGGGUGUUUGGGGCCUUCCUGUUUGAAGAGGGCCCCAUGGUGGUGGCGUAUAUCUUUACCAUCCUGAACAGCCUGCAGGGAGCGCUGGUCUUCAUCAUGCAUUGUUUGCUUUCAAAACAGGUAGGAUGGAGCAGCUGAGUGUGUGCAUCCAGGAUACUAAAGGGACAUUUUCACCACCAGAGAAAGUGAAACAAUAAAAGCAUGAGGGUACAGUGAAGCAGAGUCUUUAAUUUAUGUUUUGCUGCCCUCUGCAGGUGAGAGAUGAGUAUGCCCACUUCCUGUCCUGUAUCUGCACACCACAGAAGAAGAGAUACUCAGACUUCAGCAGUACAAAUCCCUCCAGUAGCCAAUCACAAGUAAGCAUAACUUAACCUCACUUACAUCAACACAUGUAUCACAGUAAAUUACUGUAUUCAAGAACAACUUUAUAGAGGAGUUUUUCAUUUUAUUUAUGUACCAACUUCCAUCACUACUUCAGUUCAGGAGUAAUUGUUGUACUUUUUACUGCUUUCACUUCUUUUUACACUUAAAGUGACAUGUUAAAUCACUUCUAACACACACACACACACAUGCACACAUGCACGCACACACACACACACACACACACACACACACACACACACACACACACACACACACACAAUCAACCAAAACACAGUGCAGGAUUUCAAUACCUUAUUACAACUUUUAUUUUACUCAAAUCACAUGUAUAUUAUUUAUAAUAAUUUAGCUCUGCGUGCUUGCAUAAAUAUUCACCUCUGUAUUAUUUUGAUUCCAUACUUUUACUCUUAUAAUGUCUAUUAUAAUGUCUUUUCCUUCAAUUAUGUUAGACUUUUUCCAGUCCUGCAAAUACAUUACGCACAUUACUGCUUACAUUAGUGCCAAACUGUUUGUCUGUGUGUUCUUUCAGGCUUCUCGGAGUGGACAUAACACAGGAGAGUCCCAAAUAUGAAGAACUUAUAUCCACCAAAUAUAGGCAAUCACACCUCCAACCUCCUACCUUGGCUAAGUUAGCCCUCAUUUAAAAAUGUUCAAAUCAUUUCAAAUGGAAAAAAAAGUAUCUGUCCUCACCUUGGUGCCACUUAAAUUUACCUUUCUUGGUUUGUUGCUGAAACUUAAUGUCAAAUGUGACUAAAUUGAAGGACCAAUUAUUAUUAUUUAACCAAUCACAAAUAUUAACCCAAAGCCAUUAAAGUCUGAGGAUAAUUCUAAAGAAAUGAUCAUAUUUAUCACUUAUUGUAUUCACUAUUUGUUAAUACUGUAUUACAUCAAGUUAAAUUGAAAAUUGAUGUUUUCUUUUUUUACUUUACAUUGAAGUAAAUCCUGUAAAUGUGUAAUUUUGUGAGAGCAGACAAGAAGUAGACAACUUCUUUAAGUGAAAUGGAAGAUAUUUCUGUGAUAUUUUGGGUCAUCCUAAACAUAUCACAAUCAUAGUAUAAGCUGUAUUGGAACAAUCCAAAGUCAUACUUAUAUAGAAUAUUUAUUUUAAAGCACAGAAUUUAAUGUCCACAAUAUGUGGGCUGUGAGAUAAUAUGAGUGAUGCUCUCAAAGCUUGAGUAAACAGUUUGUGCUGUAUUUUUUAUGAAGACAUCAAUGGGUUUGGGUGUUGUGUCUCUGUGUGCUGUAUUUACAGAUACAGUUUGUUAAAAGACAAAGAUGCAAAUAAUCCUCACAGGACUGUGCUGUUUCUGGGCCUCUGUUAGGAGUUUGUUGUUUUUAAUUUAUAACAAAAUAAGUGACUUUUCUAUCACUUGUGGCUUUUCAUAUCUGAUUAUAUUUGAGCUGUGACUUUCCCCACUGGUGCUUUUAAAGAUAUUUUUUUCCCUGAUGUUAUUAGACAAGAAAACAGAUCCAGUUACAAAUGGAUGCUAGGGCACUGAACACACACAGACCCACCCUUUUGAUAAGCCUGCAACUUCCUGCAAUCAAACCGUGUUUAUGGAAUAAAUUCCAUUUUGUUGUUGUGUUGUAUUAUUACAGCAGUCAGCCCCCUGCUCCACUCAUUGCUACUGACUGUGACAGUGAGGAUCAAAUGGGAGUAUUACAAACCUUAGUUUUUUUUGUUGCACUUUUAGUUUGUAAAAAGAUAAUCUAGCACAUCUUCACAUGGGAUAAUCUAAAAGACUUGAGAGCAGCCACCCUAAGACAACCUUGAACAGUUUACUUUUGUGAUGAAGCUUAGUUUUAGACUUUAUAUUUUAUUUGAUGGCAAUGAUUAGAAAAAGACAAAUAUUGACAUUUAAAAUAAUUUCCACUUGUUUGGCUUAUCCCAUGAUGUUGGCCUACAUUUAAGCCACCUGUGUGUUGCUAUAAACAACUAAACUGUUCUUUGGUUCUGACUUGUGGCUGCACUUUUUGGUUUAUUCUUGUAUGGAAAAUGUAUUUUCGUGUAUAAAAAAGCUACAUGCUUUAUGCAGCAUUUUGUGAAUGUAAGAAUCUUGUUAGAAUUUAUUAUAUGAUUUUAUAGUUGCAGUUAUAUGACCUUAUUUUUUUACUUUCUUACAUGCUGUUCGGUACUGUUUUCUUUAAAGAAUGUGCACCAAUAUUUUAUUAAAGCUACUACUUCUGAGAA